GUGAUUGUUUCUAUUUAAUCUGCUUCAAAUUUAAAACGUGUUUUUGAUGUUUUUUAUAGAUCCGCAUGGUCAAUGAUGUUAAAAGUGUUAAAAUGCGUGGAUAUGCUUUCAUUGAAUAUGAACAUGAGAGGGACAUGCACUCUGCUUACAAACAUGCUGAUGGUAGAAAGAUUGAUGGGCGCAGAGUACUUGUUGAUGUUGAAAGGGGACGUACAGUUAAGGGAUGGCGGCCACGUCGACUAGGUGGUGGUCUAGGCGGUACCAGAAAAGGUGGGCCAGAAGAAAAUACAAGGUUUUCUGGUAGAGAUGAGUUUAAUCCUGGUCGAGAUGGUUACCGAGAUGAACGCACUGGUCGAGAAAGAUCUCGCAGUCGAGAAAGAGAUCGUGCUGGAGGUGCUGGUGGUGGUGCUGGUAUUGGUGGCAGUGGUGGUGGGGCUGGUAGACGGAGGAGCAGGAGUAGAGAGAGGAGGAGGAGUAGGAGCAGAGAAAGAGGAGGCCGUCUUCGAAGCCGCAGCCGUGAUCGUAGAAGGAGUAGAGAUAGAGAAGAAAAAGUAUCUGAAGGAGAAGAAGAUAUUCGCAUAAAAGAACGUAAGCGAAGACGUAGUCGGUCACGAGACCGGCGGCGGAGCAGAUCCAGGGAGCGCAAGAGUAGAGGGAGUCGGAGAAGCCGGAGUCGAGAGCGUCGCAGGUCCAGAGAAAGGGGAAGAGCUGGAGAAAAGCUUGAACCUAAUGCUGAAUCAGUACCACCACCACCAGUUCCUGCAUAUGAUGAUGAAGCAAUGAUACAUAGAGAAAUCAAGCAAGAACCUAUUGAUCCUGGAUAUGAUAUUCACCCAAAUUACUCACAAAUGGGUAUAGCUGGAGUACCAAGUGAACAAAAUGCUCACUAUAUGUCAAAUGGCGGCCAAGGACCAUCACCAUCUAAUACUCAGUCUUUACCUCCAGAUCAUCCUUUGGAGGAUAGGUAUGAAGAUUACAAUGAAGACUAGCUGUAUUAUUAAUUUACCUUAAUUGAAAUGAGUUGUAAUGUUGAUUCCGUAUAUUUGUAUAACUUGCUUCAGCUGAACAUUUCAGACUGGGCUGUUCAUCUGAUACCUUCAUUCUCUGAAUUUUAAAUGUCCCUUUAUAUUUUUCCUGUAUCAUUUGCCUAAUCAUUCCUUCAUGCCUUAACAUUAGAAGGUUUCUAAUAUAAAUAACAUGAUAUUGUUUGACAAUAUCUUUAUAUCUGAGUGGUAAAUAUUAUUGUUACAGUUUGUCUUUCAUGUAGAUUACAUUUUAAUGCUAUUGUUUCUGAGUAAGAUGAUUAGAUAAUCUUAUACAUCUAGAACAGUAUUUCUGUCAUAAAGCUGGAUGUUAAUCUUUUAUAUAUAGUAGAAAGUUGAUUUGUACAGCUUUUUUAUUAGAAACAAAGAAAUAUAUUAAGCUUUAACUGUUGCGAAGCUAAAGAGUAGGUAUUUUAAAAGCUGCAUGUAUAGUUGCCAUUUUAUAUAUAUAUAUAUAUAUAUAUAUACAUACACACACACACACAUAUAUAUAUAUACACAUAUA